AGCCGCAUGUUAACUCGGUAUUCAUGUUCCCGGGUAGUGUGAAGGGAAAUGGGCGUAAGUAGUGACGUCACACGCCACUUCGUCACAGCAUCAACACGCAGCUGGCUCUGAUCGGGACAGAACUACAUUGGUGUGAGGAAAUUAAGCGCGUCUUCACUCGGCGAGGACGUCACACGUCCAGCCGGCGAGGAGAGGAGAUCUCAUCUUCUCUUCUUGCUGGUAACCUGUGAAUGUGACAUCGCUUCGCCUGGGCAGGGAAUAAAAAAGCCAUCGCCAUGAAUUUCGUAAUGAAGCAAGCGUUGGGAGGGGCCACCAAAGACAUGGGGAAGAUGCUCGGCGGGGAGGAGGAGAAGGACCCCGAUGCUCAGAAAAAGGAGGAGGAGAGGCAAGAGGCGCUGAGGCAACAGGAGGAGGAGAGGAAGGCCAAGUACGCAAAGAUGGAGGCCGAGAGAGAAAACAUCCGACAGGGCAUCAGGGAUAAGUACGGCAUCAAGAAGAAGGAGGAGAAGGAGGCGGAGGCGGCGGCCGCCAUGGAGCAGGCCUCCGAGGGCAGCCUGACCCGCCCCAAGAAGGCGGUGCCCACCGGCUGCGGCGACGAGGAGGAGGAGGAGAGCAUCGUGGACACGGUCAUGAAGUUCAUACCGACUCCGCUCAUGGAUAUGUUCAGUAAAAAAUAAACCUUCCUCGCCGCGCUCCUAUCUGCCCCUCCCCCGCCCCGCUCUUCUUCUCUUCUCAACGUGUGACGUCAUCCUCCACUUUCUCUGUAGGGGGUCAACUUUUUUUUUUUUUGGCUCUAAAACAUGCUGAUCGGAGGUUUUUUCCAUUUAUUGUAAUGUUACGUAGUUUUUUUUUCGCUUUUAUUUGUAAAUAAAAAAACAAUAAUGAUAUAUAUAUAUAUAUAUAAAUAUAUGACAUUACGGAUAGAUGAGUACAAGCCAUAUUUUUAUCUUUAAAGACGAUAUCCAAAUCAUUUUUCUUUUACUUUCUUAGUAAUAUUUGAUACAUGCGGUCUGUGUGUGUGUGUGUGUGUGUUCUUGUAUUUCUACCCUUCUUGAGACACCAACAGGGAAAAGUAGCUUCCAUAUGAGGAGGUGUGAACAAGUUAGGACAUAAGUCAUGGUCCCAAUACGGAAAAAAACCAUUGCAUCUAAUAGAGAAUGUCUCAUUUGCACCCCUGGUGGUGAAAUCUAUCAUAAUUAGGGUGGUCCCAAAAAGGAGGGAUUUUUCAAAUUGACUGUGUCGGUUUUAAAAGUGCUCCCCCUCUGGUCAACAUAUGUAAUAACAAGUGUGUGUCAGAAAUUGAAAUGUGCCCACUUUUGGCCAAAAAUGUAUUAAAACAAAUAAAAUAAGUAUGUAUAUAGAGACAUACUGUAAUACCUUGAAGUAAAUAAUGAAGAUUAAAAACAAAUAAUUUAAAAAAAAAUGAACUAAAAGCAGUCUUUUUCUCACAAUGUGUCGACUUUUUUUCUUAUAAAAUUGGGAACAAUUCCUCAUAUUCUUUCUGUUUCUGUAAUAUUGCAAUAUUCUCUCGUAAAAUUAUUCCUUUUUUUAAUGUAAAAUGAUUACUAUUUAAUGCAGCAUUCUGACUUGUAUCACAACAUUGCCCGUUUUGUGUUGUUCUUGUAAAACGGUGACAUUUUUUUUUUAGUAAAAAUUAUGAAGUGAAUUAAAUUUAUAUAGCGCUUUUCUCUAGUGACUCAAAGCGCUUUUACAUAGAGAAACCCAAUGUCUGAGUUACAUUUAAACCAGCGUGGGUGGCACUGGGAGCAGGUGGGUCAGGUGUCUUGCCCAAGGACACAACGGCAGU